UUACAUUCACAGUUUCCAGUUGCAUUCAGUUUUGCAUUAAUGGCUUUCAUUUUGUAUUAUAAAUGUAUUAUUAAAUAGAUAAUUAAUAAAUAUUAUAAAUAAAAAGUAAAAAAUGUUGAAUCAAGCUGUUGUUGAGGCACUUUACUCAGCAACAUUUAUUGAAAAUUAUCUUGAUUGUGUUGAAAAUCUUCCCAACGAUAUUCAAAGGCAUGUAUCACGUUUACGUGAAUUAGAUGCUACUUGUCAAACAUAUCUACGUGAAGUUGAUGAAUAUCAAGAAUUACUAGUGAGUGAUAUAGAUUCAACAGUUCGUCGUCGUACACUUGCACGAGUUCAACAAUCAUUAAUAUCAGCACAAGAAAUUGGUGAUGAAAAGCUACAAAUUGUUCAACAAAUUCAUGAUCUUAUUGAAAAUAAAACACGUCAAUUAGAUCUUGAUUAUCGUAAUUUAGAUGUUGGUAAAGAACAAGAAACAAAUGAACCAGCACGUGAAUCAAAUUCAACUACAAACAUUACAACAACUGGAAGUGUAAAUAACAUUGAUCGUCAGUCAAAACGUGCUCGUAGAACGAGAACAGAAACAUUAGUUGAAACAGCAAAUUCAAUGGAUAUCAUUGUGAUGAAUGAAAAUCGUUCAACGACAUUACCACAAAAUAGUAAUGGUAAUACUAAAAAGACAACAACAGCAACAGCUGGUAAAAAGAAAAAACGAAAGGCACGUCAAGGUGGUAAUCAACAAAAUCAACAGAGAGAAGAUACACCACCACCACCAGAAGAUGAUAUUACUAUUGAUCCAGAUGAACCAACAUAUUGUCUAUGUGAUCAAAUAUCAUAUGGUGAAAUGAUACUCUGUGAUAAUGAUUUAUGUCCAAUUGAAUGGUUUCAUUUUUCAUGUGUUUCUUUAAGCACAAAACCAAAAGGCAAAUGGUUUUGUCCAAAAUGUCGUGGUGAUAGACCAAACAUCAUGAAACCUAAAGCACAAUUUCUCAAAGAACUAGAACGUUACAAUAAAGAGAAAGAAGAAAAAUCGUAGCAUUAAUUUCCAUUUAUAAAUUUUCAUCUUGAAUCAUUUGUUUAUUUUUUCGACAAGAAAUAUCAUCAUCGUCAUCAUCGUCAUCUAGUUUUCAUACUUAAGAUUAAACUAAAAAAAAAAUAAUAAUAAUAAUGAAUUUCUUGUCAUAAACUUAAUUAUUUUUUUAUACUUAGCUUUUUUUUUUUUUUAAUAUUUGUAUUGGAUUAUUAUUAACAAAAAAAAAAAUUGUAAAAAAUUUUAUAUUAAUUAAGAAUAUUUAAACAAAUUCAUAGCAAAAUAUAAAAUAUUUUGUUUUGUUUUUUUUUUAAAUUUAUCAACAAUUAGUAUUUAUUUUGUUAUUGUAUUCAACAUUUUAUUAUAAGCUUUUUGAAAAUUAUACCUACAUUUCAAAUUAUCUUAAUAUUUAAUGAAAAUUAAAAAUUUUCAAAUUAUUGUGGUUUUAUUAUUAAUCAUCACACGUUAAUUUUUGUAAUGAAAAAUAAUUAUUUAUAUUAUUUUUAAAAAUAAAAACAUGAUAAUAAACAUAAAAAAAUUUGUAUAAAUUAAAAAAAAAAAAGUAAUUGUAAUGUUUAUGUUCCUAAACA